AUGGAGGGCGGCACUGGGCGAAGGGUGCUGGUGGUGGGCGCGGGGCUGGCGGGGCUGGGGGCUGCGCAGCGGCUCCGGGGCCACGGCUCCCUCCGCCUGCUGGAGGCAUCGGCCCGCGCCGGCGGACGCGUCUGCACCCAGCCCUUCGCGUCAGGGCUGGUGGAAAUGGGAGCACACUGGAUCCACGGCCCCUCGCCGGGGAACCCAAUCUUCCGCCUGGCCACCGACUACGGGCUGCUGGGCCCAGAGGCAGCCCAGGAGGAGAACCAGCGGGCGGAGGUGGGAGGCCGCGCCCCGCUGCCCUCCGUCACCUACGGCAGCUCGGGAAGAGUGCUGGACCCUCAGGUGGUGAGCCAAGCCCGAGACCUCUUUGACAGUCUCCUGGCUUCCACGCACACCUCUUGGGGGGCCGGGAAGGUGCCGGCACCCAGCGUGGGUCAGUAUUUACGGGCGGAGAUCACCCGGAGGAUCUCUGCGCUGGCGGGAGGCCAGGAGGAGGUCCAGCGGCUCCAGCUGGCUGUGCUCGCUGCCUGCUUCAAGCUGGAGUGUUGCAUCUCUGGGACCCACAGCAUGGAUCUGGUGGCCCUGGAGCCCUUCAGGGAGUAUGUGUCCCUGCCUGGCGUGGACUGCACUGUCCCAGGCGGCUACAGCAGCCUGCCCCAGCGCAUGCUCUCGACUCUGCCCGAGGGCACAGUUCUGCUCAACAAGGAGGUGAAGAGCAUCCAGUGGAGAGGGUCGUUCCGUGAGGAAGGGGAUGAUACCAGGGAUUUCCCUGUCCAGGUGGAGUGCAAGGACGGAGACACCUUCCUUGCUGACCACGUCAUCAUCACCGUCCCACUGGGUUUCCUCAAGGAAUGCCACCAGGACUUCUUCCACCCUCCCCUGCCCAAGAGGAAAGCAGAAGCCAUUCACCACCUAGGUUUUGGCACCAACAACAAGAUCUUCCUGGAGUUUGAGCAGCCUUUCUGGGAACCUCAGCAGCAGCUCCUCGAAGUGGUGUGGGAGGAUGAGUCUCCUCUUGAGGAGCCCAGCACUGACCUGGAGGCCAACUGGUUUAAGAAGCUCGUUGGAUUCGUGGUCCUUCAACCACCGGAGCAGCACGGGCACGUCCUCUGUGGCUUCAUUGCAGGGAAGGAGUCGGAGUACAUGGAGACUCUGAGUGACGGGGAGGUUCUCAGCACCAUGACACGUGUCCUCCGCAUGCUGACAGGGAACCCCUGCCUGCCUGCUCCUAGGAGCAUGCUGAGGUCCCAGUGGCACAGUGCUCCCUACACCCGGGGCUCCUACAGCUACGUGGCCGUCGGCAGCUCAGGAGAUGACAUUGACACCUUGGCUCAGCCCCUGCCUGAGGACACCAAGGACUCCAGGCCUCUGCAGCUCCUCUUUGCUGGUGAGGCCACCCACCGCACCUUCUACUCCACCACCCAUGGGGCCCUGUUGUCAGGCUGGAGAGAGGCUGAGCGGCUCAACAAGCUCUUCGAGGCUUCCAGUCCCAUUCCUCAGCAGUGAGGCAGGAAAAUAAAACCGUGCU